CCAUGUCAGCAACAGUGCCAUGUCAGGAGUACCACGUCAGCAGUGCCCCGCCACCAUGACGGGCUCAGUUCUGGGCAUGCCAGGCCAACUGGCCAAUGAGUCCAUUGCCAAGUACCGACAGCGUUUCGAAGCUCAGCUCGCACUGAUCGAGGUUGAGGAACAGCGUCAGGCGGCAGCCGAGGCUGCCCGCCUACAAGCUGAAGCGGCGGCAACAGCUGAAAAGCAGCGGCUUCAAGCCGAAGCAGAAGCAGAUACCCAGGAACGUCGCAAGGAGGCCCAGGAUCUGCUACAGCGGCAUGAAGCUACUAGCAUCGAAAAGCUCAAGUUCUGGCAUUUUGAACCAUCUGAGCAGCACGACGACGCGACACCUGAAGAGCAGCACAAGGAGUUUCUGGCCAAGCUCGUGACCCGGUUGGUUUACACUUGUAACCACCUGCAGUCCGAGUUGGCGAAUCUCCGACGGGUGGUGCAAAACCACAAGGGUCUGCACGAGGAUGCUACACGGGCACUCGAUUCCCGUGUCGCAGAUYUGAAAGAUAAGAUCUCUUGGGAASAGUUAACACRGCUAUGGAAGAAGCGGUUCAUCGUGGACGACGCCCCGACGCUCGCCAUCAACCGCCUCUUCGCUAUGACGCAAGGCAACACAUCGACACGCGACUGGCUCACGAAAUGGCAAAAGAUCGCGGCGACGCCGGAUCUCGAAUUGCCAUUUUCGCAUCUGCGUCGGGAGUUCUACAACCGGUCAUGUGCCGCCUUGAGCCUUCAACUUGGUGAUCGCGAGCAAUACGCGACCUUCGCCGAAAUCAUCGCCAAGGCAAGAAAGAUCAUCAAGACCAAUAGGGCGGUUGCACACGAGAAGUCGGCAUGGCAGCCAACCUAUAUGGAGAAAGGAAAAUCUGGUCCGCGUCUGCAGCAUGUCGCUGCAGUCCACUCGGACAACAUUGUGGAAGACCCAGCAGCCACCCAAGCAUCACGUGAGGGAGAUCAGGUGGCUUCUGUCCAGCCACGAAGCAACAACAACUCCCGAGGAAAAGGGAAGCGCGGAGAUGAGGCGACUCCACCUCUCACUCCGCCAGAUUCGGCCGCCUUGCUAGCUACCUCCUACACAUCUGGGGAGGAUGUGAAUGUCGCAAGUCGUCGGUUCACUUACGAGGAUUAUGUUGUCCACUUGGUCCCACCGACGCCACCGUUGGACCAACCACUCCACGUGCAACAAUCCACCGCAUGCACGGUUUCACUACCAUCGGCAACCGAUUCGGCAGCUUCGCCGCCAUCUAUCGCCGGGGAUUCGACGACAUGGUCAAGACUUGAAGAGCUCGACCCGUUGACGUUUGCGGACUUCCAAUGGAUGCCCCUUCCCCCGUCCGGUCGAUUGCCGAAACCGCAUUGCAAUGUGCUCAUGGCACAAUUGUGGGAUUACUUGCACACUGCAGUACCAACUCCGUUGAUGGACGCCGGAGUAGAGGUUGUCGACCUUCACGACUACAUUGCGAAGAUCGACCGUGAGUUCAAGACACAACGGUACGACGACAUCGACGCGCCAUUGUUAUACAUACACAUUCAGAUCGGAGAGGCGACCUGCAGCGCUUUGAUCGAUUGCGGAGCUACUCGCAACUACAUGAGCCAAGACUUUAUGGUACCCACUGGCCUUGGGCCACGUGUUCGGAGGAAGUCGCAGCCCACGCAAGUCACGUUGGCCGACGGUCACACGCACAAGUCAAUCGACUGGUGGAUUGAUGCCGUCCCUGUGUACCUUGCCCCGCAUGCAAGCGAGGCCGUGUCCUUCGAUAUUUUGGACACCAAGUUCGACAUGAUCUUGGGCAUGUCAUGGCUGCGAAGCAAGGAUCACCCGGUGAACUUCUACCGCCGCACCGUUCACGUUCGUGAUCGAAACGGAGUAUUAGUCCCAUGCACGGUGCCUCCUCCUCACCCUUCGAUCAGCUUUCACGUGGUGUCCGCCGCAAGCAUUCGAGCAUCCAUCAUCCGGGAUGACAUCGAGGAGAUGGGGGUGUGUUUUCUCCACGCCCUCCCGCCCCAAGACAUUCCAUCGACGGACUCACCACUGGACCCACGCAUCACCGAGCUUCUCGAUGCCUACGGCGACGUGUUCGAAACACCGCACGGAGUAGCACCGGAUCGACCCAUCUGCCAUGAGAUCAUCCUCGAGGACGGGGCCGUUCCUCCUCGUGGUUGCAUCUACCGCAUGAGCGAGGAAGAGUUAAGUGUGCUAAGGGCACAACUCGACGAUCUUCUCGAGAAAGGCUGGAUUCGGCCUAGCUCUUCGCCAUACGGUGCUCCCCUCAACGCGCAAACCGUCAAGAACGCCGACCCUCUUCCGUGCAUCGACGACCUCCUCGAACGACUGGGCGGCGCCAAGUUCUUCUCCAAGCUUGACCUCAAAUCGGGAUAUCACCAACUCGAGAUCUGGCAGGAGGACCGCUACAAGACCGCGUUUAAGAUGCGAUAUGGGCAUUUCGAAUGGCUGGUUAUGCCUUUUGGCCUUACGAAUGCCCCGACCACAUUCCAAGCGGUUCUGACAACGGAGUUCCAACACAUGCUGGAUAGAUUCGUACUCAUCUACCUCGACGACAUUUUGGUGUACAGUCGGAGUUUGGACGAGCAUGUGGAGCACCUGUGCACCGUUUUGGAGCGGCUACGACAAGCCAAGUACAAAGCCAACCGCGACAAAUGUGAAUUCGCGUGGCAAGAGUUGGAGUACUUUGGACAUUAUGUGACGUCCCAAGGCAUCCGUCCGCAAGCCUCCGCAGGUCCAUGUGGCGAUCGGGAUUCGGAUCGGGAUUGGGAAGCUGACGCGGAGGCGGGCGGAGUGGCGAUCGAGAUCUGGAUCGAGAUUGGGAAGUGGCGCAGCGGCGCUGCCACGUGGCAGGGCCUUGAUGGGGGCGCAAGCGGAAGCAGAAGCGGAUUGAGAAGCGGAAGCGGGGGGGGGACGGAGGUCGGCGGAGGUAGGCGAAGACGGGCGGAGGUAGGCGGAGACGGGAUUGGAAAGCGGAUUGGGAUUGGGAAGCGGAUCUGGAUUGGGAAGCGGAUCGGGAUUGGGAAGCGGAAGCGCAGGCGGGUGGAGGUCGUCGGAGACGGGCGGAGCGGAUUGGGAUUGGGAAGCGGAUCUGGAUUGGGAAGAGGAUUGGGAUUGGGAAGCCGCAUCGGGAUUGAGAAGCGGAUUGGGAAGCCGGAUCAGGAUUGGGAAGCGGAAGCGGGAGGGGGCGGAGGUCGGCGGAGACGGGCGGAGGCUCGUCAGGAGCGACUCACCCUCCAUGUCGCUGCACUGCGUUGCCUUCUCGCCAUCCUCUCUGACCCUGAUCGCACCCUCCCGAUCAUCCCCGUACGACUCGGGACCUCCACGAGGGUGUACUCUGCGCUGUGGGAUUCCGGUUCUCAGGGCGACUUCAUUCACCCACGCGUGGUGAAGGAAGCCCGCUUACCCACGACAGGGUCUCCGACUCCCAUCUCCGUUACCCUAGGGGAUGACAAGACCCAGCGCUUCUUCGAUCAGACGGUCACCGACCUCCCCUUCUUCCUCACUCUAGAACCGACUGAGCGUUCCCCGGCGUCUCGUCGCCACCACUCCUCUGCACAUUUCGAUUUGAUGGAGACGGGGUACGACUUCAUUCUCGGCACUCCGUGGUCUCGUCGGUUCCGCAGCACCGAGGCGGAUUGGGUGACCAACAGUCUCGUUCUCAAAACGAAGUGUGGACAGACGUAUCGCGUACCUUUCAUAGGUACCACGACGAUACCACGCCCCGAUCCUCCUCCCCCGGAGCCUUCAGUGCCCACACCAUCUCCCUCUAUCACUGUCACCACGCCUCGGCAGUUCGCUCACUUCAUUCGACARGACGACGUCACCUUCUUUAUGGUGGACGUGACGAAUCUCUUACACUAUGAUCCGCCCUGUCCCGACGCCGAGCUCAUCGCUCUGGAGCCAGAUCCUCCCUCUAUCUCCAUGGCUCCCAUCUCUACUUCCGUCCCUCCGCCGUCCGUCGAGUCCACCCCGCCGUCGGGCGCUGAAGCUGACAAUGAGGAACUCGCACGAUAUACGGCUGACUUGGAGCCCGCAAUUCAUGACCUCAUCCGAGAGUACCACUACGUUUUCCCAUCGUCGUUCUCCCGGAGUUUGGAGGAGCAUGUGGAACACUUGCGCACCGUUUUGGAGCGGCUACGACAGGCCAAGCAUAAAGCCAACCACGACAAGUGUGAAUUCGCGCGGCAGGAGCUGGAGUACUUGGGCCAUUAUGUGACGCCGCAAGGCAUCCGUCCGCUCGCGGACAAGAUCGAGGCCCUACGAGUAUGGCCCGAGCCCACCAACACCACGGACGUUCGUUCAUUCAUGGGAUUGGCGGSCUACUAUCAGCGAUUCAUCACCGGAUACUCCAAGAUUGCUGCACCUAUGACGAGGUUACAGUCGCCAAAGGUGCCAUUCGUAUUCGAUGACAACGCACGCCGGUCAUUCCAAGCACUUAAGACGACCAUGCUCAUGGCACCCGUCCUCAGCAUCUAUGACCCCACCUUGCCGACGAGAGUGACUACAAACGCUUCCGGCUAUGGCAUUGGGGCAGUCUUGGAACAGCACGACGGCGACGACUGGCACCCUGUGGAGUAUUUCAGCCACAAAGUGCCUCCCAUCAACUYGCUUGAUGAUGCAAGGAAGAAGGMGCURCUCGCRUUCGUCAUGGCUCUCAAGCGAUGGCGGCACUUCCUCCUUGGGCGUCGUAGGUUCACAUGGGUUACGGACAACAAUCCAUUGAUCUACUACAAGACGCAGGAUACGGUGAGCAGCACGAUCGGACGAUGGAUGUACUUCAUCGACCAGUUUGACUUCACACCGAAACAUCUACCCGGGCUCUCAAAUCGCGCAGCAGAUGCACUCUCGCGAAGACCAGAUCUUUGCGCUAUGACACAUCAUGCCUUCGCAUUCGACGAGGAACUUCAGCGACACUUCAUUCGGGCAUAUCAGUCUGAUCCGGACUUCGGCACGCUCUAUGCACAGCUAUCUUCGGAUCACCCGCCGACCAGCCAUUACCGCAUUGCCAACGGGUACUUGCUCCUCCACUCGAGAGGCAAGGACUUACUAUGUGUCCCACGCGACCGUCGUCUUCGGACUCGCCUCCUCAGCGAGUAUCAUGAUUCACGACUCGCCGGCCAUUUCGGAGUCAACCGCACUAUUGCACGGCUUCGACAGCGAUUCCGAUGGCCCGACCUCAUUACCGAUGUCACUCGGUAUUGCGACUCUUGCGAAGUUUGCCGACGCAGCAAGCCCCGCAACCGCAAUCCCUACGGCGAGUUACACGCGAUGCCUAUCCCACGGGAACCCGGUCUCUCCAUUGCCAUGGACGUCACCGGUCCGUUUCCUCGCGACCGGCUCGGGCACGACGGCAUCCUCACGGUUGUGGACCGAUUGACCGCGGGCGAUGAGCCCGAUGACCCUUCAUUUGUGAUCAACAUUCCAGAGCAUCAAACGGUCCAUCCGGUCUUCCACGCCUCGAAGCUGGCAACAUACACGCCAGCCAAGAGCGACGACUUUCCGGACCGACGAUCGCAGGACCCUCGUUCUUUGGAUGGCCAUCAGGAAGUUGACCGCAUCAUCUCCGAUCGCAAGUACGGCAGCAAGCCGCGGCAGUACAAAGUCACAUUCAAAGCAUGCGAUCGCGACGACACUCGGUGGAUUUCAGGCGCAGAUUUGAAAGCAUCCGCACCGCUGAUCUACGUGCAUUAUGAAAAGCGCAGGUUAGCUCAGGAAGCUUCACGGCCAGCCCCUCCCACCCGGACUAUGGUCCCUCCAUCAGACAGACAGCUUCGCCCUCGCAGUCAGCAAAGGACGUUGACCAGCAUGUCCACACUUACAUCCGGGCCUUGGAUAAAACAUGUCACUAAGACUUUCACUCCCGAAGUCAUAGAAAAGAUAGUAAAGGGCGCUGGAGGCGGAGGAGGAGAUGGUGAUGACGAUGGCGAUGACGAGAAGAAGGGUAAAAGAAGGGGGGAUCCAAAAGAAAAACUCCCUCAGGAAACCGGGCAGGUUAGCAAGAUAAAGCUUAAACUGCGGUGGACCUAUAAUGGAAAGAAGGAGGAAAGUGUUCUGCAUUGGGCGGCAGCAAUCGAAACAUAUGUGUAUGGACAGAUUCCAUACUGGGACAGGGUAUUGAUGGCAACUUCAUGCAUGGGAGGCGACGCCAUGAGCUUCGCCAUCUCGCUGCAAAAGGAGGCGGGAUGCAACUCUAUGGUGGAGUAUUCGCAACAAACCCGAAUCGAAGAUUUCCUCAAAGUCGUAAGAGAAAGAUUCGAGGAUAAGAAUUUAGCACGACGUACGGAGAUGUUGAUCCUCAGCCUUCCUGAUAGGAAAUGGAAAAGUACCUCUGCAUUGAAGGCAACUAUGGAUGAAUUAUUGCAAUGCCCUGAUCAUGAAUUAACGCCGGCUCAAAUCUUAAACAGUUUUGCACAGCACUUCCGGAUCCCCUGAGAACACAACUCUAUCCCCGCACCAACGAAGAGGGGAUGACAUAUGAGAAGUUCAGCAAGAUCGCGAUAGACCAUGCCGGCUUCCUCGCCGAAGCGAACUAUUGCCAUUACUGGAAGGAUCUGCAAGCGAGUAAAAGAUGGCAAAACCG